GUUCUAUGGUGUGUCUGUGGUUGAAAAGAAAAAACUACCGUAAACAUCAGCGAAUCAAGAACUCUUGUGUCCCCACUUGUGAACAAGCCGUCAGUGUACCUUUUUAUACCAUCCCCCAACAAUGAUGGCAGCCAAGCUGGACAUUGCCGCAAAUGUGAUUGCUGAAAACUUGGGUCGUAACUGGCGUAGAUUAGGACGACAGCUGGGUCUGACCGAAACUAAACUGGAUUCCGUCUCAACGAGACAUCCGAACGAUUUGGACGAGACUGCCAGAGAGCUGCUGAAGGAAUGGCGCAAGAAUCGUGGAUCCGAAGUCUGCGUUAAAGACUUAGUUAGGGCUCUCAGGGCAUGCCACCAAAAUCUCACAGCUGAUAAAGUGGAGGAUGCCUGGAUGAUACCUCAAUAGAGAACCAAUGACAUAUUAAUAUUUAACCCAUGUAUAUAAUGCAGCAGAUUUGUGGUCAUUUAGAAUAUGUAUUAAGAUAUA